GUGCGGCCCGUGCGUGACCUGGCUCGUCUUCUGACCUUCAUCUCCUACUAAAUGUUCCCACUGCUGAAUCUUUGCGACGCGCAAUAAACAGAAAACACGGCUUGUCUCUCAGAACUUACCAAGACUUAUACGGUUACUCUGUGAAUGAUGAUACCUUCUGGCUGGACCUUUCGCAACAACUUGGGAUAAUAUACUCCCGAUCUCCGAAGAAGGAAUGCCUGAGUUCUUGUCAUUGCGAUUGCUCCCAUUCUAACUCAUAAGCUUGGAACAACUAGGUCAACGAACCCGGUUCUUCGCCUCACCAACUGGAUUGGUUUCCAGGCGCCCAACUGAAUUAUGCCGAGAACCUUCUUUUUCGCCGUGACGAUGGAGUGGCGUGUAGCACUGUGGAUGAGAGAGGAAUUGCGAUAGAUUAUAGCUACAAGGAGCUACGGUCCAUGGUGCAGGCCGUUUCUGCUGCUAUGAGGUCGAGUGGUGUUGUUGCUGGCGAUAGAAUAGCUGCUGUGAUCACCAAUUCCAUUGAAGCCGUCGUUCUCUUCUUGGCCACAGCCAGUAUUGGUGCGAUAUAUACGAGCACCGCGCCUGACAUGGGCGCAAAGGGUAUCUUGAAUCGUUAUGAACAAAUCAAACCAAAGCUUCUAUUCAUGGAAACCGAAGUCUUCUACGCUGGCAAAGUUAUUGAUCUGAGUGGCAAGUGCUUGGAAGUCCUCUCUUCGCUCAAUCAAAGAGGGUUGCAGUCGACGAUAUUGUUGCCAAGCAGAAUAACUGGACGAGUUUUUACACUGCAAGCACUCGCAAGAUACGAUAUACUCAGUUACGCUGAUUUUUUAGCAAGGGGAGAUAAUAGCGCCUUGACUUUUGAACAACUUCCAUUCAAUCAUCCUCUGAUAAUUCUUUAUUCCUCAGGAACUACUGGCACGCCCAAAUGCAUUGUCCAUCGUGCCGGGGGAAUUUUACUUCAGAUCAAGAAGGAGCUAGCAUACUGCUACGGGCUAGAUGCGUUGGGUACAUUCUUUCAAUACACGACGACUGGUUGGAUGAUGUGGACUCUUCUCAUGGGCUCUUUGUCUUUGGGUGCGCGAAUGAUACUAUACGACGGAUCCCCUUUCCACCCAGAUAUCCAGACUUUCGUUAAAAUGAUAAAUGAUCAAGGGGCGACCGUUACUGGCCUCAGCCCUCGCUUUCUGUCAGAAAUGCGCAGUCAAGGCAUACAACCACAUGAAGUCGCUAGUUUCGAAGCUCUGCAAAGCAUUGCCGUUGGAGGCUCUAUAUUGACUCCCAAUGUUCACGCGUGGGCGCAGAAAGCUUUUGGUCCUUCAACACGAGUUUUCAUCGCCAUGGGAGGAACAGAUAUUUGUGCGGCAUUUGUGGUUAGCAUUCCAAGUUUACAGAUACACGUCGGAGAGAUAUCCUGCAAGAGCUUGGGAAUAAAGGUCGAAGUCUUUGACAGCCACGGUCGCAACAUCGAGGGAACUGGUAGGGCGGGUGAGAUGGUGGUUACGAAAGGCCAUCCGACCGUCCCACUCUUCUUCUGGGGUGACAAAUCGGGUGAGAAAUUCCGCAAGGCGUACUUUGACAUGUUUCCCGGCAUAUGGAGGCAGGGUGACUUCAUGGUUGUUAAUCCCAAAACUGGCGGGAUCCAGAUUCUGGGACGUAGUGAUGGAGUUCUCAAUCCGAAGGGCAUCAGAUUUGGGGCAGGAGAGAUUUAUUCAGUUGUAGAACAGCUGGAAGGCGUUUCUGAACAGGUCGACGAUUGCAUUUGCGUUGGACAACGUCGGGCGCAAGAUCCUGAGGAGCGUGUCUUUCUUUUCGUGAAAAUGAGACACGGAUAUUCCUUCACCAAGAUUCUUGCAAUGCAAAUCAAGGCCGCAAUCAGGAACCAGCUGACUGCUCGACAUGUUCCUGAUUUCAUGAUUGAGGUGAAAAAUAUACCAUACACGACCAACGGCAAGAAGAUCGAGAUAGCGGUGAAACAGAUUAUUUCUGGAGCUGUAUUGAAGCCGAGUGCAUCAGUCGCGAAUCCUGAAGCUCUGGAAGAAUACUAUAAGUACUGUCGAGAUGCUGAAGUGGAAGCUAGUCGGGCGAAGUUGUAGUUUACGAUUCAAGUUCGAAUGAAUGUUUAUGAGUCCUUUUCUGUCCCGGG